AUGGCGGGCGGCGUGGCGGCGCGGCGUGGCGGCGCGGCGUGGCGGCGCGGCGUGGCGGCGGGACGGUGCGGACCAAGCUGUAGCACAGUAUGUGCUCUGACCCUACUACCUACACUACGCAGGACUUCGGCGGGCAGCAGCGUGGCGCCGCAUCUGCGUUGCCUACGCAUGGUUGGGUUCUGCAGGUUGAGCGCGGGCACGGCGGGUGCGACAGGACGCGGCCGGUGGCGCCGGCGAGCUCACGGCGCGUACCACGCUUUCGCGCUGUCCGCCACGUCCACCCACGUGCUGCAGCAACUCAUAUAUGCUUAUCAGGAGCGCGGCGACAUGGAGAAGUUGUCGCGCGUGAUGUUCAUCAUGUUGUGUUUCGUGACGUGCGUCGUCAAGCAAAUCGUGUUCCACGUGGACGCGACGCGGAUCGACAUGCUUGUCGCGGGCCUGGCCGAGCCGCUGUUCAACCCGGCGGCGGAGUGGGCGCGGGCGCUGCUGCGCGAGACGGCGCGCGCCGCGCGGCGCCAGGCGCUGGCGUACGCGGGGUGCGCGGUGGCCACGUGCGUGCUGUGGAUCGUGUUCCCCGUGCUGGAUCGCGCGCGCGGCCGUCACGUGCACUUCUCCUUCUGGGCGCCCAUCGACUGCACGCACACCGCCAAGUUCCUCACGCUGCUUCUGUACUCGUUUUAUGCGACAAGCCUGGUGGGUGUCGGCAACACCACCAUGGACUCGUUUGUCGCUACCGUGCUGCAUCAGUGCAAGACGCAGCUCACCAUACUCAGGAUCAACCUGGAGACGCUGGUGGAGCGUGCGCGGGCGGCGUGCGGCGACGCGCGAGACCAAUACGACCGUGUCGUAUACAAACUGCUAGUCGAAAGCCUCGUCCAUUACCAGAAAAUUACACAGACGUGCGCGCUGCUACAGGACAUAUUCGGUGCAGCGCUGCUCGUGCAGUUCGGCGUCGGCGGCUGGAUCCUGUGCAUGGCCGCUUACCAGAUUGUCAGUCUGGACGUGAUGAGCAUCGAGUUCGCGUCAACGACUCUGUUCAUCGUGUGCAUCCUCACCGAGCUGUUCCUGUACUGCUACUACGGCAACGAGGUAGCGGUAGAGAGCGACCUAGUGCUGCAGUCGAUGUACGCGCUAGAGUGGCUGGCGGUGCCGCGGCGGGUGCGGCGCGCGCUGCUGAUCGCGAUGGAGCGCGCGCAGCGACCGAUGCGGCCCGCCGCCGGCGCCGUGCUGCCGCUCACGCUCGACACAUACGUCAAGAUCCUGAAGUCGUCGUACAGUUUCUACGCAGUGCUGCGGCAGACAAAGUGAACGGGCCGGCUCCUUCGGCACCAUGACUUAAAUAAAUAUCUCUAGC